UAUAUACGCAUGCGCCGUUCCGGGGGCCAUCUUUGCAGCGGGCCGAAUCCUGUUACGCCCAAGCGCCUAUCUGCGCAUGUGCAAGCCUUCCCUUGCUUUCCUCUUCCAAGUAGCUUGGAGUAGAGCGGAGCCUCCCGCGCCAUUCCUGUGCGCCUGCGUAGUGUGACCCUCGCGGCCCGAGAGGCGGGUCUUAGCUCCUGGUGCGUACGGCUGCGGGGCUGACGCGGCCCGCGAGUACGAGGUCGGGGAGAGGGAGCCGCGUCCAGGUGUGGGACGGGCGGUGUGAAGGCGAGAAGAGUGGGCCCGCCUCUCUCCUUCCCCUGUUGGGCUUGGAAAGUGGUGUCUGCGGGCCCCGGGAACAUCGGAGGACGGAUCUCGAUCUUUGGGGCGGAGCCCUUGGAGGGGACUGAGCGCCCCCUCCUGGGGACGGGCUGUCUGGCCUCGGAGACAGACCGCUGUUGGAGCCCGGGUCCCUUCCCUAGUGGUCUAUGUCCCUUGUCCGGGGUCAUGGAGACACUGCGGCCACCACGGCAGCGCCUCUGUCUGAAGAAGGGGAAGUGACCUCCGGCCUCCAAGCUCUGGCGGUGGAGGAUACCGGAGGCCCCUCUGCCUCGGCCAGCAAGGCCGAGGAAGAGGGGGAAGGAGGCCAGGAGGAGACCGAGCGAGAGGGGUCCGGGGCCGGGGAGGCGCAGGGAGAAGUCCCCGGCGCUGGGGGGGAAGAGCGUGCCGCGGGAGAAUCCGAGGACUGGUGCGUGCCCUGCAGCGAUGAGGAGGCGGAGCUGCCGGCUGGGGGGCAGUCCUGGACGCCUCCGCCCUCGGAAAUCCAGCGGCUCUAUGAACUGCUGGCUGCUCGCGGAACGCUGGAGCUUCAGGCUGAGAUCCUGCCCCGCCGGCCGCCCACGCCGGAGGCCCAAAGUGAAGAGGAGAGAUCGGAUGAGGAGCCGGAAGCCAAAGAAGAGGAAGAGGAAAAGCCACACAUGCCGACAGAAUUUGACUUUGAUGACGAGCCAAUGACACCAAAGGACUCCCUGAUUGACCGGAGACGUACCCCAGGAAGCUCAGCCCGGAGCCAGAAACGGGAGGCCCGUCUGGACAAGGUCCUCUCAGACAUGAAGCGACAUAAGAAGCUGGAGGAACAGAUCCUUCGUACCGGGAGGGACCUCUUCAGCCUGGACUCAGAGGACCCCACCCACACCAGCCCCCCACUCCGGUCCUCGGGGAGUAGUCUUUUCCCCCGGCAGCGGAAAUACUGACUGCUGCUGCUGCCUCUAGGUGUACUGUUUGUACCUGCUGGGGCCUGGGCCCUCCUUUCCUAACAUAGAAUGCUGGGAAACUUGGGAAGAAGAGAGAAACCCCAAGUUCCCAGCACAGCACCAUGCGGGAAAGAGGGGGUAUGUGUGUGUGUGACUGGUGUCUGUUGAACUUCUAAUCAGAGAUCUGGACUGAAUUUUCUGAGUCUAAAAUAAAAGAUGCACAGUUAUCUUCUCUUAA